AUGCGUGGCACAAAGAUUGGUGUAGGAGAAACAAAUUUGGAUACAUGGCGCCUACGAUAUGGAACAACAAAAUCAGAUGAACCUCCAAUUAAACUCUUCCCCCCAUUUUCACAGAUGGUUAUCGAAGAAGUAAAUGCUCUGCACACACAGCUGGAGAUUGAGAAAUCUUGCCGGGAGAAUGCUGAAGUCUUGGCCACAAAGCUCAGUCAUGAGAACAAGAAGCUGAAGUACCUGAGUCUAACAUCCCGGGUUUGCAUGGAUGACUUGCUCCCCAGUAUUUCAGAUUGUGGGGCCGCAGAGGAGGAGCCACAGGACACCAGCCCCGAUCCCUGCCUUCAGUAUCAGCAACAGGUCAAAGAUCUGCAGGAGACAGUAACACAGCUUCUGGAGGAGAAGAAACAGCUUGCGGGUCAAGUGCAGGAAUUGCAGAGCAGCAUUGAGGAAUUAACCACCAGACUGGAAAGGGAGCAAGCUGAGAUGACAGAACUUCAAAACUUGCUGGAGAAACAAGCAAAAACAAUCAAAAAUUUCAACAGGGUUUCUGUGAUGGCAACCCAAGAAUAUGAGGAGCUGAGACAACAGCUAGACCUGGAACAGAGCCUAAGGCAGAAGGCUGAGUUGUUUGCUCAUGAGAUGUUGGUUAAGCAGAAGGAAGCGAACCGGCAGAGUGCGAUCCUCCUGCAGCAGGUCGAUCCGAGCAUACAGCUGCUCAAAGCAUUGGAGGAAGUUACCAGUGUCACCAAGACCCUGGAGGAGGAACGGCUCCAGCAUCACAAAAAGAUUCAGGAGCUCGAGUCCCAUCUAAAUGAAUCAGCGCUGCAGAAGGAACUGGAUACAGUGCAGAGACAACUGGAGAUGGUUGAGGAGGAGAGACGGGAGUCUGAACAGCGAGUACAAGAGGUGGAACAGAGGAACUGUGAGCUGGAGGAUCAAGUGAAAGAAUUAAAGAAGAUCAAGUUUCAAGAGAUUGACCCAGCUCUGGCUGUAGCUCCACCCCCACCCCCUCCACCGACUCCAACCCCUCCUCCCCCUCCUCCUCCACCCCCUCCUCCCCCUCCACCUCCCCCUCCACUUCCAUCGACACGUUGCAACCCGAUAAGUUCCCUCAUCGCUAUAGUGCGAAGAUCGUCCAAGAAUUCCAAGACACAACCGAAGCCGGAACCUAGCAACAACCAGACUGGGAUUGAUGACGUGAAAGUAAAAGCUGUGAAUGAAAUGAUGGAACGGAUAAAACAUGGUGUCAUGUUGCGGCCUGUGGCUCAGGUCUCAAAGAGGAAAGUUAGCAACAAGCCACCACCAGUGGAUGAGAAAACACAGGAGAGUGCCAUGGACGAGCUGAAGGGGAUCCUGGAUUCAAUGAAGAAGAGCCCAAGUCGGGGGUUUCCAGACGCAAGUCAGAACAAGACGGAGAAUGAGCUGGAGGUUGUCCUGAGACGGAGGCGGAAACAAACUUCAGAUUACAGUCCAAGAGAUGGAAAUGAAACAGAUGCCAGUGAAGUUGCUUCUUCCAAAUCCCUCAUCCUGAAGGACAAUGAUGAAAGAAAAAGCAAUGACCUGGAGUUCAGUCCUGUGCACCAGGCUGCUGCAACCGAGGAUCAGAAUAACAGCACCUCAAGAAGUCCUGAAGAAACGAAGAGAAAAUGUUCAACUAAUCAAGAAAAUGGUCAACCCCAGGGAAUCCUUAUGCCCAUAAGCAGUCCAUCAGAAACACCUGACCAAAGAACCACUCCUGCUCAGGUCCAGAACAAAUCCAAGAGUCAAAACACAACCGAUAAAUGCACUGAUGCAGAUUGUUAACACCAGUUGGGUGGAGGGGAUGUCAAGGUGUUUGAAGAUGUUGUGAAAAUGAUAAUUUCUCCAAUGUGACUGUUAGCCAGAGAGUUCAAGUGAAAUUUCUGACAUGCGUGAGCUGGAGUGGUAGCAUCCUGUGACCCUCAGGCUUGGGCACCACAUCCAGCGCGAGACCAAUUGCAAAGUGGGACCAGAGACACCUUUUUCUCCAUUCACCGGCCACACUUCUCACUUCCAUUGUAGUGAAUGGAUGGGAAGUCAUGAGCUGGCAAGUGUAGAAGAGGAAUACAUGUGGCUUUGUCUGAAGAUAGAACACUUUCUCUUCCUUUGUUUUAGUCGUUGCUGAUAUACUUGACAUCACUGCCUCACAUGAGAAAGGUUUUACAGAUAACAUUUAAAAAAAUCUAUACAACCCUGGGCCAUAUAUUGUUUGGGUUUGGUUAUAUUGUGGUCCUCACUCUUUUAAAUUGUUUUAUUAAUUUCUUCAUCUUUACUUCCUGUCAGAACCAUUUAAGCAGCAAGCAAUACAAAUUGCAACUAAUACAGAUUCAUCUUACUUGAUCACCAACCAAGCUUGUUCAAGAGUAAGCCUCAGAACUGCCUCACUGUACUCCAAGAUUUCUCAGGGCCAAGGUUAUUUUGAAUUGAGAAACAUUCCUAUUUCCUGAUCUCCUAUUCAAAACUGAACUCAGAUGCCUCUCUCUCUCUCUUCGUCACACUUGCAGUGUAACAUUACAAAAUCAUCUUUUACCUCAUUCUCGCACCUAUUGGCCAAAAGAGAUCAGAUUUUGAACAAUAGACUACAGAGAAACUUUAACAACCUGUGUAAUGUCAGUGAGUAAUUAUUGACCAUAAGAUGCUGGAGCAGAACUAGGCCAUUCAACCCAUCAUGUCUGCUCCACCAUUCAAUGGCAUCAUGGUUGAUCUGAUAAUCCUCAACUCCACUUUCCUGCCUUCUUCCCAAAACCUUUGAUUUUCCUACUGAUGAGAAAUCUAUCUCAGAAUAGAAUAUACUUAACGACCUGGCUUCUACAGUCUUCAGAUAUUGCAUCUCAUUCUUCCUUGAUCCUGAGGAUUUUUAAUACUGAACCCAAACCGUUGAUUCCAGUGUGUGGCCUACAACUCACGCAGAAGAGGCGUGUGGCCAUGCUACAGCACUCUUUUGUCCCUCAGACAUCAGUUCACAGGAGCCUCAAGUUUAUCUCUCGCAAAAAUGCACAGCAGUGGUCAUGCACAUUUUUAAUCGAACAAUUCUGGUGUCAUUCUAGCUUCCCUACAAUGUUAUUAUGAUGAGCACAGUUUCAUGGAAGGGGAAGGGGAAGCAUAGAGAGGUUGAGCAGAGGCAGUAAAGGGAAUUUAGACUCUCCUUUGGACCUUGCAGUGUAAAAGACUGAGACCAGGAACUUGAUUCUUAUCUCCUGUCAGGGCCAGGUGUGGAAGUGGGCAGGUGCUAAAAGUAGAUGCGCUGGCCAGGAGAUGUUCUUGUGGGAAUAAUGGUGUCUUUUCCUCACCCUCUUCGAUUGUCACCUUGAUUCAUGUGUUGAGUCGAGUUUCUGAUACAUUUGAAGGACCUUCCAUGUCUGUUGAACAUAUUGAAGAAUCGAGAUGGGAGAACCCAAAAUGGCUGCCUUUGGUUGCAGUUGGGAGCAAGGCUACUCCCUUCUGUAUGCACUGUGCCAGCAGUGAGGGUGAGCAACACCUCCCACCCACACUACCAGCCCUCCCAUCCACUACCCCACUCCAGCUGAAAUUGCGAAUCGUAUGGGACAGUUCUGUAAGGAAGUAGUUGGCCCUCAAUCUGUGACUCAACACAGGCACAACUAAAAUGAAUAAUUCACAAAUAUUGUUACAGACCUGUAGGCACAGGCAUGGUGUCACUAUGGUAAUUAGUCCAUUGGUGAUUGUGCCAUUCUGCAUUGACUCCACUGGAGAAAGCGUUCAGCAUGCAUUGCAUUUGGCAAGCCUGCAGGAUUUGCUGAUUAUUGCAGAUAAACUCACAACAAUACCUUUCUGUAAGUGCAAACCUGUAACUCUCUCACACAGGUGCUAUUAUUGUGGUUACUCUUUCAGCAAAAGGUGUGAUGUUCAUUUGAAAGUUUCCUGCUGGGUUUUCAACAAAGCGAUGAAUAAAGGAGAAAUGUAAACAAA